GGGGGGGUGAUGGCGCACUCGGGCCCUUCCGAGCUAGCUUUAGCCCGCUCGCUACUCCGUAAUUAUCUCCAUUGAAGUCCACGUUUGCCAUCUUUAAAUGUCACCACUUCCUUGUUUUGUCCGUGGCGAAAACAAAACAGAAAAGGGGAAAAAAAACCCACAGCUGAGUUACAUCACGCGGUUUAUUAUUGUUGUGAAUAAUUAUUGUUACAUGCGUUGUGGUUGACAUUGAUAUUUACGAACCGAUUGACCUCGUAAAUCGCUAGAGUUUAAAAUUUUGUUGGGGGGGGGGUUAAUCGCAUUGCAGCGGCGGUCAAAGCGGCGUUUGUGCUCCAAAACUGGGAACAAAAGCCGCGUGGAAAAUGCGAGACGCGCCGCUUUUGUUGCGUUACUAUCAGAAAGCGACGCGUGGCUCGCCGUUUGUUCGCCACACAUGUGUCGGAAGAAAAGCCGCAUCCGUGAUUUAAACAAGCGUCCUGUGGACGAAAUGGUGCGAAGAUGAAGAAGGCUUCUUGUUGUUGUUUUGGCCUCGACGUCAAUCCAUUGUGAGCAAACCUCGGCGCGAUCCCAUUGGCUGAGAGGCUGUUGUCUCCGUGGCAACUGCGUCACGUGGCCAACCGACCCGCUGAUAGGCUGAUGAAGGUGUCACUCAACGAGCACCCGGAACAUCAAGUCACUCGCAAUCCGGCAAUGGUUAUUGUGUAAGGAGUCACAGCAGCGGGAACUUUUUUCGGGCCAAAUCCAGUUUUUGCCGGCAUGGGGGGAGCCGUCAGCGCCGGGGAGGACAACGACGACCUGAUCGACAACCUGAAGGAGGCGCAGUACAUUCGCACAGAGCGAGUGGAGCAGGCUUUCCGAGCCAUCGACCGCGGUGACUACUACCUGGACGGUUACCGGGACAGCGCCUACAAAGACUUGGCGUGGAAACACGGCAACAUCCACCUGUCGGCGCCGUGCAUUUACUCCGAGGUGAUGGAGGCGCUCAAGCUGGAGCCGGGUCUUUCCUUCCUCAACCUGGGCAGCGGCACUGGCUACCUGAGCACCAUGGUGGGCCUCAUCAUUGGUCCGUUUGGCGUGAACCACGGCGUAGAGCUCCACAAGGACGUGGUCGACUACGCCAGGGACAAAUUGGACAGUUUCAUCAAGACCAGCGACAACUUCGAUAAGUUUGAAUUUUGUGAGCCAGUCUUUGUGGUGGGAGAUUGCCUGGAAAUCUCCACAGACAGCCAUCAAUAUGAUCGCAUUUACUGUGGGGCCGGGGUACAGAAAGUCCAUGAAUAUUGCAUGAAAGUCCUCCUCAAAGUCGGGGGUAUCCUGGUGCUGCCAAUCGAGGAUCAGCUGACCCAGAUCACCAGGACGGGCCAGUGCACAUGGGACAGCAAGAACAUCUUGGCCGUGUCCUUCGCGCCGCUGGUCCAGCAGAGCAGAGCUGACGGCGACAAGCCGGACAGCGUCCAGUUGCCUCCAGUGACGGUGCGCACCCUCCAGGACCUGUGCCGCAUCUACAUCCGCCGCACCCUGCGCGAGCUGGCGGGCGGCGGCGAGGACGACGGCGGCCAGGCCCGGCGCGUGUCGCAGAAGCGCAAGUGGCGGAACUGCCGGCGGCGCCGUAUCAACACAUAUGUGUUCGUGGGGAACCAGCUCAUCCCGCAGAUGGUGGAGAGCGAGGAGGAGCACGGCGGCGACGAGGAGCACAAGGACCCCGAGGAGGACGAGGACAAGGAGGAGCGGGACCUCAGCAGCAUCGAGAUCCUCAAGCAGGCCAACGUGCUAAGAGACCAGAUCAUGGCUCUGCCCCUGCCCGAGUCCCUCAAGGAAUAUUUAGUCUACUACAGGAAGAAGUGACAAAACCAAGGUGCACAUGUAGCAUUAUUUCCACGCUAUCUUGAUGGCAGAACUCGACGUCACAGAUCACACUGGAGAAUAAUGUCGACAUUGUCGUUUGUAUAUGUUGCUUUCCUUUGGACUCGGUUUUUGUACAUAAAACAUACACGCAAUGAAAAGCAGACAAAUUAAGCGUACACUGGAACCUCCAAAGUGAAACACAAUCCGCCUUUUGAGAAGCCGGCUUCCUUCUAAAUCUUUUUCAAUGAAACAAUUGUUCCCGCUGAAGUCAACUAAUCCCUUUCCGCGUAGCAUUAACAUGAUUGAAAACUAUUACUAAAUGCAUUUGAUUUAAAUCACAGGUGUCAAACGCGAGGCCCAGGGGCCAGGUCUGGCCCGCCACACGAUUUUAUGUGGCCCGCCAAGCCAAAUCUAGUGUCAAUUUCCAUCAUUCUUGUGAAAAAAUCUAUACCAGAAUUUCAAAUUGUCAUACAUCAUAAAUGAUAACGUUGCGAUAUUACAAGCAUUUUUGUGUUAUCAAACGUGAAUAGUUGAAAAACACAUUGCCCUUGAUUUCUGAUUCCAAAACGAGUUCAGAAAUUGAUGAUGUAAAUAUGAUGAGAUGGCUAAACCUUUUUGUUUCACAGUCAUAAUGAGGCCUUCAAGAAAAAUGAGUUUGACACCCUUGAUUUAAAUGAACGUACCUGUGUUAGUAUAAUAAAUCUAAAAUUAGCAAUGCAGCACAGCCCGCCGACCUCACAAUUUUGAGGUUUAGGUUCCUCCCUGUGUGAAGUUUGCACGGGUACCCUGGCUUCCUCACACAUUCCAAAAAUGAGGUACAAUGUGUUGGGUCCAAUGAAGGCUCACUUGGGGUAACUCCGAAGAGGUGGGCGAGACCCCAUUUUGGUCAUUUGGUGAGCCGCCCCACCUGCGUAUGCCACAUUUAAAAGUAGGGUGGCUGUGCCGGUGUGGGCAUCGCUGUAGCCCAUUCCAAUCCUGUCCAAUUGCAGCGGUUUCUUCCACGCCCUUUAAAUGCUGAGUUUAGCAAGGAGACUUCGAUACGCAGAAGAGGACGGCAUUGAACCUUCGCGUGUACCCUUGUCAAAUGCACAAUGCCCCGCGAUUGACUGCUGACCUUUCCAACGUGUACCCCACCUCUUGGCGAAAUUCCAGCUCACGCGAGACACUAAUGAGGACAAGCGGUAUCGAAAAUUGAUGAUUUGCAUUGUAUAAUGUGAAGUUAUCCAUUCUUGCGUGAAACUAGCACUGCCGUAAACAAUCCUAACUAGACGGGCAAUGUUGUAAGUCGCAUAAACGUUCUUUACAAAUGGAAAAGAAACGAGCUUUGAAAGAAAUCCUUCAAAAUUACUCAUCCUUGAGCGUCAGAGAGCGAAAAGGAAUUGAGUGUUUUGAAACGAUUGCUUUUGUAAUCUUACCAUUUUCUUAGUUGCAAAUGAGAUCGAGUCAAAAGUGUUCCCGUCAACAACAACAACAAAAAAAAAUUACAAGUGGCAAUGUUUUACAUAAUAUUGACGAGUUGAUUUUGGGACGGCACGGCGGAUCGGCUGGAAAGCUUCGGCCUCACAGUUGUGAGGUCCCGGGUUCAAUCCCGGACCCGCCUGUGUGGAGUUUGCACGUUCUCCCCCUCGCCUGCGUGGGUUUCCUCCGGGCACUCCGGUUUCCUCCCACAUCCCACAAACAUGCAACAUUAAUUGGACACUCGAAAUUGCCCCUGGGUGGGAUUGUGAGGGCGGCUCUUUGUCUCGACGUGUCCUCCGAUUGGCUGGCAACCGCGCCUCCUGCCCGUUGACAGCUGGGAUAGGCUCCAGCAAUCCCCGCAACUCUCAUGAGGAUAAGCGGCUAAGAAAAUGGAUGGAUGGAAUGAGGAAAGGAGUGCUGUCACCCAGUGGCCUGGUAUUGGAUAGGUUUAGUGUUAGCAUCUAAUGGUAACAAUUCUGAAUAUGUAGUUGGAAAUAAAUGUAGAGAUGAAUGAAAUAUUCCCGUUACCAUUAUUAAAGUUUUACAUCACAUUAAGGAGAUGUGAACUGUAAUGAACCUAAAAGUAGAAUUAAUGUACUCGUGUCCCCGAUUCAGAAGCUAGUGUAUAACAAAACGUACAGUACGGAUUCUGAUCCAUCCGUUCCUCCAUUUUCUUUGCCACUUAUCCUCACAAGGGUCACGUGGAGUGCUGGAGCCCAUCCCAGCUUUCAACGGGCAGGAGGCGGGGCACACCCUGAACCGGUUGCCAGCCAAUCGCAGGGCACAUGGAAACAAGCACCUGCACACACAAUCACACCUAUGGGCAAUUCAGAGUGUCUAAUUAAUGUCGCAUGUUUUUGGGAUGUGGGAGGAACAUGCAAACUCCACACAGGCGGGUCCGGGAUGAACCGGGACCUCAGAACCGUGAACUUUGCCAGCUGAUCCACCGUGCCGCCUAUGGUCUGAUCCGCUUAGUGAAAUUAGCUCGCGUGCGCAGUUCACAUUCAAUUGCCCUGUGGCGCUAAAUUUGCUAUUCUGUUGAUCAAAAAGCCAAAGAAAGCUUUUUUGUUGCAAGAAAAAAAAAAAAAAAAAAAAAAAGUUCCAAUUGUCCCGCUGGUCUCGAUGCUCCACUUUGGAGGUUCUGCUGUUUGUUAAUUAUGACUAAAUCGUCGUGUCAUGAUCACGAGUUAAGAAGAGACUUGAUGGAUUUUCUACCCAGGAGGUGUCAUCACCUUUUUUUUUUUACUACGGGGACACUUUUUAACGUGACCUUUUGUAACAGGAGCGCUGACUUAACAGGUUGUGGUAUUUCCUGGAGUUGGGGGGGGGGGGGCAAAGACCCUCCCCGGUGGAGUUAUUUAAUGCAUGCAAACAUUUUGAGAUUGAUUCAGUCACGCCAA